AUGGCUGAAAUUGUUGUUUCGGCCUUCUUCUCUGUGUUCUUUGAAAAGCUGGCCUCUGAAGCCUUCAAGAAGAUUGCUCGCGCUAAGGGAAUUGAUUCCCAGCUCAGCAAACUGAAGAGGUCAUUAAUCCAGAUUAAAGCUCUGCUUAAUGAUGCUUCUCAGAAGGAAAUAAGUGAUGAAGCUGUUAAAGAGUGGUUGAAUGGUCUCCAACAUCUGGCUUACGACAUAGACGACCUACUUGAUGACUUGGCAACAGAAGGUAUGCAUCGUGAGUUGACCGAGGAACCUGGAGCCACCACCAGCAUGGUAAGAAAGUUAAUCCCAACCUGUUGCACAAAUUUCUCACUGAGUAGUAGGAUGGGUAGCAAGUUAGAUGCUAUUACCACCAAGUUACAAGAACUGGUAGAGGAAAAAGAAAAUCUUGGUUUAAGUGUGAAAGAUGAAAGCCCAAAACAUAUGAAUAGAAGAUUAGAGACCUCUUUGGUAGAUGCAUCUAGGAUUAUUGGACGCGAAGGUGAAAAGGAUGUGUUGCUCCACAAGUUACUGGGGGAUGAAGCAUGUGAUAAAAACUUUAGCAUCGUGCCCAUAGUUGGUAUGGGUGGGGUGGGUAAGACCACUCUAGCCAGACUUCUAUAUGAUGAAAUGCAAGGGAAGGCUCACUUCGAACUCAAGGCAUGGGUUUGUGUUUCUGAUGAAUUUGAUAUCUUCAAUAUCAGCAAAGUUAUCUUUCAAUCGAUAGGCGGGGGAAACAAAGAAUUUAAGGACUUAAAUCUUCUUCAAGUAGCUUUAAAAGAGAAGAUCUCAAAGAAAAGAUUUCUUCUAGUUCUUGAUGAUGUGUGGAGUGAAAGCUAUACCGAUUGGGAACUUUUAGAACGCCCAUUUCUUGCAGGGGCACCAGGAAGUAAGAUUAUCAUGACCACCCGGAAGCUGUCGUUGCUAACCCAACUAGGUUACAAUCAACCUUACAGUCUCUCUGUUUUGUCACAUGAGAAUGCUGUAUCUUUAUUCUGUCAACAUGCAUUUGGUGAAAAUAACUUCGAUUCACAUCCAACACUUAAACCACAUGGUGAAGGUAUUGUCAAAAAAUGUGAUGGCUUGCCAUUGGCUUUGAUAGCGCUUGGGAGGUUAUUGAGGACAAAAACCGACGAGGAAGAAUGGAAGGAGCUGCUUAAUAGUGAGAUAUGGAGCUUAGGGAAGAGAGAUGAGAUUACUCCAGCUCUUAGGCUAAGCUACCAUGAUCUUUCUGCCAAUUUGAAGCUGUUGUUUGCAUACUGCUCCUUGUUCCCUAAGGACUACAUGUUUGACAUGGAGGAGUUGAUUCUAUUAUGGAUGGCGGAAGGGUUUUUGCAUCAAUCAAGUACUACAGGGAAAUCAAUGGAACGUAUGGGUGUUGAAUGUUUUGAAGACUUGUUGUCAAGGUCAUUUUUCCAAGAGGCACCUAAUGAUAAAUCGUUAUUUGUUAUGCAUGACCUGAUGAAUGACUUAGCCAUGUCUGUUGCUGGAGAAUUUUUUUCAAGGUUAGACAUUGAAAUGAAGAAAGAAAUUGGGAAGGCAGAUUCGGGUAAGUACCGCCAUAUGUCAUUUGUUUGUGAGGAGUAUAUGAUUUACACAAAGUUCGAGGCAUUGAAAGGAGCUAAUAGUUUGAGAACAUUCUUAGCAUUGUCUUCUGAGCAAAAAUGGUGGCAAGAAUUCCACUUAUCGAAUAAAAUUCUGACAGACUUAGUUCGUGAGUUACCAUUAUUAAGAGUCUUAAGUUUUAGUCGACUUAGCAUAAAUGAGGUACCAGAAUUCAUUGGCGGUCUGAAGCACUUGCGGUAUCUUAAUUUUUCUAGAACUAAAAUCACACAUUUGCCUGAUAAUGUCUGUGACCUUUAUAAUUUACAGACGUUGAUAAUUUUUGGCUGUCAUAGACUAGAAAAGUUGCCCAACAGCUUCAAAAAGCUUAAAAAUUUGCGGCAUUUUGACAUGAGGGGCACUCCACUUUUGAAGAAGAUGCCAUUAGGAAUUGGUGAGUUGAAAAGCCUACGAACUCUCUCUAAGAUCAUUAUUGAAGGAGAAAACGGCUUUUCAAUAACCGAGCUUAAAGAUCUAAAGGAUCUCCAAGGUAAAAUUUCCUUUAAGGGGCUUGACAAAGUGCAAAAUGCAAUGCAUGCACAGGAAGUGAACUUAUCCCACAGGAGGCUAAGUGAGUUAGUGGUGGAAUGGAGUGGUGUAUUUGAUAAUUCUCGAAAGGAAACAGUUGAACUGGAGGUCCUGAAUGUGAUGAAGCCUCAUAAUGAUAAUCUAAAACGUCUCAAGAUUGUGUCAUAUGGAGGUACAGAGUUUCCGAGCUGGGUUGGGGAUCCCUCCUUUCAUCGGUUGGCUAAAGUGACAUUAAAUGGUUGUAAAAGGUGUACGUCUCUACCGCUACUUGGGCAGCUACCAUCACUUAAGCAGUUGGUUAUUGAAGGCAUGGAUGAGGUGAAAGUUGUUGCUUUGGAGUUUCUUGGGACUAAUGGUCUUCCAUUCCCUUCACUUGAAAAUUAUGAAAGGGUGUGGAGAGGUGUGAUAGAGUAUCUUGGGGCAGUUGAAGAAGUAAGGAUCACAGGGUGUAAUGAAAUAAGAUACUUGUGGGAAUCAGAAGCAGAGGCAAGUAAGGUUCUUGUGAAUUUAAGGACGUUGCAUGUAUGGGAUUGUUCAAAUUUGGUGAGAUUAGGAGAGAAAGAGGAGGAUAAUUGCGGGAGCUACCUAACAUCUCUUACGAGCUUGGAGGUAUGGCAUUCUAAUAGCCUGGAGCAUUUCAGAUGUCCAAAUAGCCUUAAGUCACUUACCAUCGCGCAUUGUAAUAUAUUAUUGGAAAAGGAGUUGAUAGGAGGACGAGAGAAGCCUCUGAUCAACUCAAACAUACCAAAGCUUGAAUCUCUACGUAUAAGUGAUUGGCCAAAUCUGAAAUCAAUCACUGAAUUGAGUUCCUUCAAUCACCUUUUGAAACUCGAAAUAAGCGAUUGUCCAAAUAUGGAGUCAUUUCCUGACCAUGAGUUGCCGAAACUCAAUGUGUUAACACAUCUGGCAAUAGUAAGAUGUCUGAGCAUGGAUGCUUCCUUUUCUCGUGGGCUUUGGCCUCCAAAAUUGUGUUUCCUUUUAAUAGGAGGGUUGAAGAAGCCCAUUUCAAUGUGGGGCCCACAGACUUUUCCAACCUCGCUUGUGGAGCUAGGGUUAACAGGUGGACAGUCGGAAGAUGUGAGUAAUUUCAGUCAGCUGUCCCAUCUUCUUCCUUCAUCUCUUACUUCUUUUGGCAUAAUCGAAUUUGAGAAACUGGAAUCAGUUUCAAAGGGACUCCAACACCUGACGUCUCUCCAGCAUCUCUCCAUUAUCGACUGCCCAAAGGCGAUGGAUCUACCAGAAAUGUUGCUGCCUUCACUCUUGAGUUUGGGAAUUGAAGGAUGCCCAAAUCUGAAAGAAAGGAUUAUUACAAACUUAAUCAGAAGGCCACUUAAUUGAGAACUUGGAUUCACUUCCCAAACAUGAUGAUACAAAAAAAAAAAAGGAAUGAUUUGGAAUUGCUCUCUGAGGCAGAUCUGUCGAUUGCAGACAAGUGUGAGCAUAAAAGACGUAUUCCUGAUUUCUGCAUAUCUUCUCCACAAGCAGACCAAUCAACUUAAUUUCAAGGGGUGAUCCAGAUGUUUUGGGCGAGUUGUAUAUGAAAUAUUAGAAGCUCAUGUGUGUGUGUGUGUGUGUGUGUGUGUGUG